AUGAAGUCUUCAAUUUUAGGAGCAGUAUUUUUUGCUGUCUUCCUAUUGCAGACAGUAUUGUCCGAAAACCGUACCAACAUUGAUGUUAAAGGCUAUUAUAUGUUAAAUAUAACUUCUAUGGGGGCAAAUUACGAUUGUGAUUUUUAUGCUAAUAUGACAGUUCAUGAACAUUCAACGUUUAUAUUUAACAGUUAUAAUUUUCAUCUGUAUGGUGGAAGUACCUUUAUAAAUAAAGGUAUUUUUUACUCUCAAAAUUUAGGAGCUUAUCCCUGGUAUGAUCCAACUCAUAAUUCCGGUCUGAGUUUUAAACUUAAUGAAGGACAAACAACAGGGGGAAUCCACAAUACUGGCUUUUUUAUGUAUAAUGAUAAUACUACUAACUGUGGUCCACCUACUUAUACCAUACAUGGUAAUUUCUUCAUUAAUGAAGGAACUUUUAUUUUGGCAGGUUGUCAAGCCUGUGAUGGUUCUACAAAUAUCAUUAAACCAUACGGAACUAAUGCAAUUUUUCACAAUACAGGUGUCCUUGCAUAUAUGCAAUAUUUUAUGACUGUCGGUGAUGCACCAAGUACAUAUUGGGGUUCUGAUUCAGCUUGUACUACUUCCGGCGUGGCUACUGUUAUCAACAAUGGAUCUCUUUGUUUGUUUAAUAACAACCCUGUAUAUCAAGGUUCCCAAUAUGCUGGAAAUGGAUGUAUUGAUAUUGGUAAUCAAAGUACAUUUUUUUUGAGGUGUGCUCAGUUGUUUGGCCUUGAUGGUAAUUUACAAACAUUUUACCUUAGCACAAAUACUUCAGUGUUAUAUUUUGAUAAUAUUGGAGUAUCCAAUGCCCCCGCAACUCCAUAUCUUGUAAGUGGUUGGGGGAAUAAUAAUCAGAUUACUAUUCACAUCUCAGAUCCAGUUUGGAAUUACGAUGGUAAAACUUUAAGUAUUACAGCAGCAUCUGUUACAUAUCAGUUUAUAAUUGGUCCUGGAUAUGACCCAUCUUUGAUAAGUUGGAGUCAAGGUCCAUCCGGUAAUAAUCUAAGGGUAGGAGGUGCUCGUUUCGUAUACAAUGCCCCACCCCCAGAUAGUUCAAGACCAAGUGUGUGUUUACCAUGUCCAACCGUCAUACCUAAAUUAUAUGAUAUAUUACAAGAUCAACCUGAUUAUACGACAACUUUCACAACUACAAAAUCAGAUGGCUCGGUAGAAACUGACUCUGGAGUAAUCCACGUCACAAACACCGACGGAACUAUCACUACCACUACUUCCUUAUUCCCAAAUGAAUAUACUACUACAUUCACCACCACUGAAUCUGAUGGGUUUGUUGCUACUGAUUCCGGGAUAGUAUUUACAACUACUGAUAAAGACGGUAAUCACAUCACCACAACAUCUUUAUUUCCAACUUCAAGUGAUCCAUUCACCCGCUACACCACUACAUUCAUCACUACAGCAACUGACGGAUUUGUGGCAACUGAUUCUGGUAUAGUUAUUGUUACCUACAAUACCGAUGGAUUUGUUGCUACUGAUUCUGGUAUAGUUGUUGUUACUUACAAUACCAACGGAGAAGUUACUACAAAGACAUCCCUAUUCCCUACUGCAAGUAAUCCAUUCACUUCCUAUACUACUACUUUCACCACUACCGAGACCGAUGGAUUUGUCGCUACUGAUUCUGGUGUAGUUGUUGUUACUUACAAUACCGACGUUAUUGUUACUUACAAUUCGGAUGAAGAAGUAACCACAAGGACUUCUUUAUUCCCAACCCAAAGCGAUGUGUUCACUUCAUUCACAACCACCUUCACCACCACUGCGUCCGAUGGAUUUGUUGCUACUGAUUCCGGUAUUGUCAUUGUGACCUCUGCCAGUGAUGGAUCAUGGACCACUGAAACCUCGUUGUUCCCAACACCCAGUGAUCCAUUCACAUCUUAUACAACUACAUUUACCACUACUGCUUCUGAUGGAUUUGUUGCUACUGAUUCUGGUAUAGUUAUUGUUACUUACAAUUCGGAUGAAGAAGUAACCACAAGGACUUCUUUAUUCCCAACCCAAAGCGAUGUGUUCACUUCAUUCACAACCACCUUCACCACCACUGCGUCCGAUGGAUUUGUCGCUACUGAUUCCGGUAUUGUCAUUGUGACCUCUGCCAGUGAUGGAUCAUGGACCACUGAAACCUCGUUGUUCCCAACACCCAGUGAUCCAUUCACAUCUUAUACAACUACAUUUACCACUACUGCUUCUGAUGGAUUUGUUGCUACUGAUUCUGAGUAUGUAGCAUUGGAUGAAGAUGUUGUGAGCUUACAAGAAUUGGAUGGACCAACAUUUGAGAUGACAGGAGGUUAUAUCACUAUUAAUGGCUUAUACCUUGAAGCAGAUGAAACCAAUGGUGUAUACUUAGGUGAUACUUCUUUCGACGGAUGGCUGAUAGUUGGUGAUCCUAUUUUAUCAUUAGAAGGAUUUGGAACGGAAUUCUAUAUUUGCCCGGAGGAGGAAGUUCCUUUACAGCUUAGUCUGAUCGAUUGUAAUUGUUUUGUAGGAGAGUUGCAUGUUCUUGAAGAUAAACCUACCACUAUCACAGAUGGUGCAACUAUAGCUUAUGUGGCCAGUGUUUGCAAUUCUGAAGCUAGUUCUAGUUCAGUUGCAACAGAAUUUACAUCUGAGAUUGCUCCUACUGCUACUGGAUCUACAAUAACUACAACAUAUACAUCCAAUGAAGUUAUUACAAUCACUGAUUGUCCAGAAACUGUUACAGAUUGUCCUUUGAAUUCAAUCAAAACUACUACAAUUAUUCAUACAAUCACGACCACAUAUUGCCCUGAAUCCGGAGACACUACCGCAGAAUUUACAUCUGAGAUUGCUCCUACUGCUACUGGAUCUACAAUAACUACAACAUAUACAUCCAAUGAAGUUAUUACAAUCACUGAUUGUCCAGAAACUGUUACAGAUUGUCCUUUGAAUUCAAUCAAAACUACUACAAUUAUUCAUACAAUCACAACCACAUAUUGCCCCGAAUCUGGAGCUCCGUCUAGAGAACAUACUUCGUCGACAACACCUACCGUUAAUACUAACAGCGUUGGUGAAGUGAGUACGAUAAGUGGCUACAAUUUAUCAGGUGAAUUCACAUCUACAGUGGCAGCAGGAAAUGUCGAGUCGAAUAUUGCAAGCAAUGCUCAAGCAAGCAUUUAUUCUAUCAUAGUCAGCAAUGCAAACACCGAGUCGACUGUUUCAAACAAUCCACACACAGACUCUAAGUCAUCCGUUUCUAAUAACGCUCAAACAAGCACUGACAUUACUCCAUUGAGAUACAGUUCAAGUAUUGAAACUACAGCUUCCUCUUCUCGUUUGACUCCAGUAAGCCCUGCUCCUAGCGUCUCAAUUGAUGAAAGUGGAGCAAUGAUAAACAAAUGGAAGGUUGUUACUUCACUCCUUGCUUUAUCAGUUCUCCUUAUUUUCGUUUAGAUUAUUUCAUGAAGUUUAAUAUUUUUGUUCAUGAUUACAUUAUCAUUAUUUUUCCCUAUUCUUCCCUAUUUUUAAAUUCAAGUUUGGAUUAUUCUUAUCUAUCUAUUAAAUUCAAGUACGAAUUGGAUGGUUUUUAAAGUUUCUUUUACCCCCAUUUAUAUUUUUCGGUCUAUAAAAUAUUUUAAUUUUCUGUACUACAAUAUAUUUUUAAUUUUCUG